AGGACAGGAGGUAGCAGCAGAGGUGCAGCAAGAGCCCCCUCUAUCCAAACAGGGACCCCUUCUGCCAGCCCAGAGACCAGGAUCUACUUAUGGAUUGUAUAGGAGCCCCCUGGGGUGUCUAACUGAGUGGGAUCAAGACUCAGGAGGCAAAGAGGAACACAAGCCCCCCAUUAAGGCAAAUCUGUGUCUGGAGUGAGGAGUCUGGAAACCUAACUUGGGAUUUCUAUUUUUUUUUCAACUGGAUUCCCAAAUAAAACAGAGGUGCACCCUCUCCUGGCUGACAUCCACCUUGGAAUUAGAGCAAGAAUUACAGUGUUUAUAUUUUUAAAAAUUUUUUUAUAGCUGAUUCCGUUUUUUUGUGGGGGGAUUCUUGGAGUGAGACCCCCUUAUUCUUGCUGCGAUCCCUGAUGGACUCUGGUUGUGCAGACAGGGUCUCUCUGCUCAGGUGCUGAGCACUGUGUAAAAACUAUCGGGGUACACUUUACUCUGCAUAUUUGAGGGGUGUUUGCAUCUGGAAAAAUAACUAUUACCUGACAGCUGGGUAUCAACCCUGAGAUUUUGGGGAGAUUUAUCUUGUUCAAGAAGGGGGAGAGUUCCCCUACAUCCUAAGGACCUAGGGGAUCUGAUGUUGGGGAUCCUGUUUUAAGAAAAGGGGGUUCCAGUCACCUCGAUCUGAUUUACAGGGAGUGUGUGAAUUUUUCCUUUUUUUUAGGGGAUAUCCCCUCAAUUUCUUCUCUGGGUUUUACCUAUACUGGAGCUGCAAGGUUCUAUAUUCCUGGAUUUAACUGACUUCAAUUUGGAUUAUUUAACUGUCCUUUAACUGAAUUAUAAUGAAGGUAAGUGCCAGAUCCAUCAAUGCCCUCCGAUUUUCUAUACAUUGUGUACAUGACUUCAAUACACAUUUUAUAUAGAGGUGUUUAUUAAUAUGUAUAUAGCUUGCUCGUAUUACAUCUCUCUUCGAGUGGUUCAUCCAGAGCUGCUCACAACAAUUAAAUCCCCUGCUUUUCCUCCUGGAGACUUCCAGCAAGAGCUCUUUGCAAAAUAUACACUUUUAAUGUACAAUUUUACAAUUUAAUAAAAACUUGCUUUUUAUUGAAUACUAUCUGCACGACCAUUUUCUGACAUAGAUCUGCUAUGAUUUUCUUUUUCUAAUCUGGCUAACUCUUUCAAAUCUUUUAGUAUUGGCACACUAUGCUGAUGUUGGCUGAGUGUGAUGCGAGCUGCAGAAUACAUUUAGCGAGAAAUGGCUAGUCCCAUUCAUUACCUACCCAUUAUUCUAUUUAAAUAUAAAAUACAGCAAUUCGCUUUUUUUCUCCCCUCUUGGUAGAAACGUUGGCAAACGACCCUAUCACUAAAGUAACUUGAGCUAUUUCUAGCAGACAUUAAGGAUGAGAAUUUUUUUUUUUUAUUUAAAUUUUUUUUUUUUUAGGAUAUUUUUACUUCCUAUAAUUAGAGAAAUCUAAAUUUACUAAACGUUCUAACUGCUGGUGGCUAAAUAUCUCCUCCAGAGAUCUAGAAUGGUAAGGGCGUUCUAAACAAUAUGGCAUUCUUUAACCCUGAAUUCAGUUGCUAUAAAGUUCCUUAUAGUCAUCCAGAGAUGCUAUCCUGGCUUUAUGAUGAUCAUAAUAAUAUCAAUAUAAGCUUGGCCAUUAACCACAGAACACUUACUAACCCUCAAGUCAUCACAGACUCAUUGUCCCAGGAGAUUGCUGGAUAAUCUUAGGGUCAGAAGCCAUCUCCAGAGGAACAGGAGAAAUCUAGGUGGUCAUUUCUAUUGGUGGUUGACCAGGAGAAAACCAGAGGUGUCCUACCUAUGGUCUCAAUAGUGAGCAUCUCCUGAUCUACACUGCCCCCUUCCGGUAGGACAUAUAUAGAUUUUUUUUUUCUGAGCUUGAUCAGCCAGUUCAAUGUAACUUUUCAACCCAAUUUGUGAAGCACGCUGUGCUUAAAAAAUAAAUAAAUAAAAAAAAUAUUGUGAAUCUGGUUUAACUGUGCCAGCUACUUGCUGGCUAUUUUUAGCAUCGACCAGAGCCAUUCCUUGCUCAGCUUUAUGAAAUGAGCCGUUAUAGAAAUCCCAACAGUUUUAUUACCUUAAAAUAAACAGAGCUGUCAGCUCAAACUAAGCAGCUAUACCACAGACCAGCUCCAUGCUACCUGCCUCGAACCAGCUGGCUAUGGUCUGCCUACAACUCCCAUCAUCCUUAAUUCAUAUCAUCAUUUGGGAAGGGUCGGACUUAUUGUGUAGAGUUGGGAGAAUAGUCUGUUAAAGUGAGAAAUCUUGUUUUAUUUUAGACUAACCAUGAAGGAUUCCUGGUUGCCACAGGACUAGCUAGAAGUUGUGGCCAUGUGGUCACAGGCCCUCCUGACUUGUGAUGGCGUGUGGUUUCAGGCUGAUCUCGUUAUUGUAUGAUUGUAGCAAUGUUCUCCAACUUAUCCUGGGCAUCUAAAAUCCUUCUCUGCUAGUUAUUGGACAAACCAUGGGCAAGGUCACACCAAACCAUAUCAUUGAGAUAUUAGAGAUAGAUGGUAUUAAGAUCUGUGUGUUGAUGAUAAUAAUGAGUUUGUGUUUAUGCAUGUACUUUUUUGGGGGGAGAGGGGAGGGAGGUGGAAGGUCUGAAGGGAGACAGUGAUGAUGUAAUUAAUAUUUAUAGGGAUAUGGUUUAAAAUUGGGGGAGGGUAGUGUGUGAGUAAACACUGACACUAUGUACAGGAGAGUAAGAAGGGUAUAGAAAGCGGGGUUAUUGAUUGCACCCUGUAAUGAUAUAAAGGAUAGCAAUGAGACUGUGAUGAUUUUUUAUAUCCCCCAUUUUUUGGGGGGAUGAGGGCGAUGGCACUUAUGCCUUGAUUGGGAAUGUCAGGGGGUACAGCACUGAAUUGGAGAUCAGUAUGUUAGAGGGCCGUAAGAAGCCAACGAUGGUCUUUAACAUAUAUAGGGUAAAAGUGCUGAAGCUGUUAUCAAUAUGUAGCCAGAGCGUAACACUGGUUUUGGGGUAUCAAUCUUUUUUUGUGAUUUUUUUUUGGGGGGGAGAGGGCAAUAAUGGUAUAUUGGAAAGGGGAAUGGUAUAUUGGAGAGGGGAAUGAUACCCCUAACUGUACUGGACAGUACAUUCUGUGAUGUUCUAGAGCAGACCUUUCUUUACCCGUGGGUCAGCAUUUAGGGGUUCCCCAACAUACGUCACCCUGAAAAACCUUUACAAUUUUAUUCCAAUUUUUUUUUUUUUUUUUAAAGUGUUUAAUAUGAACAAUGAGAUCGUUCCCACCUCCUCAUUUUUAAACUGGUCAUUUUAUUAGAGCUGUCUAGAAUUGGUGAAAUAUAAGACGAUAACCCUAGCAGUUCCAGAUUAAAUAAUUCAUCCCCAGAUCCCAUUGCAUGGUACUAUGUACCAAGGUUUCAUAGAUCUCUUUACCUCAUUGUCUUAGUUACCUGAACCCUAUGCAUGUCCAUACUGAUUUCUUAUCAUCAUAAAUUUGUAGUAUAUUACUUUGACAAGUAUACGCCCUCCCCCCUUCCCCUCUUAGACCAAAUUUAAUCCUAUCCUAUCUUUUUUUUUUCUUCCCCCCCUCUUCUGAAAUCCCUAGUUAUAGCAGGAUGCCCCCGUGUGUCGAUUCCUUAGAAGCGAUUUUGGUAUAUAUUUUUUUUUACCCAGCUUCUUUCUUUUGUAUAUAUUUUUGUUAAAUUGUUCCUUUUUUCAUCUUUUUGUUUAAUAGUUUCAGAUUGUAAACAAUAUUACAAUAUCAUAAUUGUUGCAAAAAUAAAAAUAUAUAAAUAAAAAAAUUAACUUACAACUAUUAUGUAAAAAGUGUAUUUUUUUUAAAUUAUUUUUUUUUCAAUGUAUCUGCAAGGUUUUCGGAAAAGUAAUGUAAUUCUUAAGUUAUUUGAAAAUUAUUCUAAGUGGGAAUUAAUCUCCAAGUAAAAUUAUUCUAGAUGUUACUAAAAUACAUUUAGAAUAUCAGACUCUAUUUAAUAAAAUUCUCUAAUAUAUAUUAAAUUUGACAUAGUAGCUUCUAGCAAAUUAUAUAUCACUUAACAAGCCGAAUUAGAGUGUAAAUAAAUAUAAAAUAUAAAUUUCGUUUUCACGAUUAUUUUUUUAAAGGCGAAUAUCCCCCAAGUAAUGGAUUGCCGAUUUAAAUAAAAUACACCUUUACUUUUGUUUUAAAAUAAAUUUUUAUAUGUUCUUGGCAUUGUUUUAUUGUAUUACUUAAUCUUUAUUUAAUUUAAAAGUAAAUUUAAAAAUGUGAAAAAAAAUAUGAAAAAUAAAAAUUGGAAUUAUAGUAACAUGCUUUUGUGGAUUUGAAAACAAGCUAAAAUAUGUGUUUUAAAAUAUAUAUCUUGAACAAAACUGGAAAAGAGAUUUGAUUUAUUGACAAUUUAUUCACAAGAACACCUAAUGUAUUAACUAGAAUUUGAGUUUAGAGACUUAGGAGUUUACUCUUAACUAAAAACAUAAGUGAAAACAGAAGGGGGGGAACUCACCCCUCACCCCUUACCGCUAUACAGAAUUUACAAUCAAAUGUGCUCACUAAUCAUUAUGUCCCUGUGUUUGAGAAGGUCUAACAACUUUAGAGGUUUUCAGGAUAAACUAGGAUGAAAUUAUUUAUUUUGCAUUUCCACUCCAUUAUUCGCCUGUCUUCAAUCUAAUGUAUUCUUUACAAAUAUCAAGAUAAAUUGAAAGAGUUUUGUCACAGCACAAAGCGACACAAAGUAACAACCAUUGUGAUAUUUUGUUUUUAAUAGCAGCUUAGUCAUAUUUAAAGGUAAGUAUUCGUUUUCAGAUAUUUGCAAGUUGAUAGAGCUGUUUCUUUUUUUUGUGAUAUAUAUUACCCUGCGGGCUUGGGUGUGUUCUAAUAAUUUAGAUUAUGAUGAAUUAGUUUGACUAGAGUGUUUUUUCUGAAUAACUGUUUUUAAACAUAUAGAAUAUAUUAUUAAAAAAGAAAAUUCGGAGUUGGAUUUUGUUUGUUUGUGUGUGUGUGUGUGUGUGUGCGUGUUUUUUUUUUCCUGUAAGCUAAUCAAUCAAAAGUAAACGAAAACUCGUGUAGAUCUUAACAUAAAUGUCAUUUUUUUGUUAUUAAUUAUUGCUCCCAGUCUGCUUAUGUGUGCAUGCACUAUAAAAGUGAAUGUUGAUGUUAAUAGAGAUGAUAUUUUUAGUGAACUGUAUUUAUAAUAUGCAGUCCAGGCUGUGGAUAGACAGUGCUUUUUGGCAUUGAAGGUUGUGCAAUCUUACACUUAUCAGAUCUAGCAAUAAAUAACCCUCUCUGACUAGACAUGAUGGGGCUGGGAUAGCUGCAUUAUAGAUACAGUUUGGCAGAGUAAGUAGCAAGUCAUUAAAAGAGUUACAGGGAUGAGGAGCAAUCUGCUUUGAUCUAGAGGAGAACACACUCAGAGGGGAAGCGAAGCCAGAUGAAGGUGAGAGACAGGGAGAUGGUCUUUGUUUGGUGGUCAGAUAAGUAUUCUGGGGACAGCUGUGAUCUUCAGCUUUUGAUUUGUUUAAAAGGAAUUGUCGACUAAAAGUGAAUGUUUGUCUGUGAAGGAUCCACCAAGAUCUCGGUCAAGGUUUGAGGCUCAGAGGUUGAUCUUUGAAUUUUAGGACUAGACAGGGCCUUAAAGCCCCUCCAAUUUCAGGUCCUAAAUAGAAGUCCUAUUCUGUCCAUGUAUGACCUUUCCUUGAUGGAGCAUGCUAGUGUAAAGAUUUUUUGUUGUUGUUGGACUUGUGAAAUGUAUUUAUUUUAAUUUUGCUGAAGAUUCAAUUUUUAAGAUUCAAUAGUUUUAAGUGUAAAUACACCCUCCUUUCUAAUAGUUGGUCUGUCUAUUGGGUGUCUGCUCUCAGAUGAGCAGUCUGGACCUGACAGCUGUGGAGAUUGCUCAAUCUGAAUGUUAUUCCUCAGUAUUUGUCUUGGGGAAUGGACAUCCUUGGGAACUCUAUUAACAGGGCUGUCAUACUGUAGCAGGAGACAGGAGGGGAUUGGCCUGGGAGUCUUUUUAUUUAAAGGAACUUUUUUCAACAUUUUCUUUUAUAUUUUAAGACAAAGCUGUCCAAAGAGGGACGGUGGGUGUUAAGAGGGUUCUGUUUUGUAAUACAAGGACAUAUCCAAUUUGACUUCAGCUUCAGAAUAUAUCUCAUCUUCAUGUAUGUUACUUCCAUCAUCUCUAAAGUCCUAAGUCCUUUCUCAAAAUAAUUAGGCAAUGUCACAUUUUUCAUUCCUGCAUGGUAACACAAAAAGAUUUAACCGUGUAUGUGUGUGUAAUGUAUUUAUAUAUGUCUGUGUGUGUGUAAUUUUGCACUCAAUUGUCAUUUGUACUGCAUUUAGUUUUUGCAUUGGGGUUUAGGACAAUAAACCAUUGCAUAUAAUAAAAUGGAAUCUAAGUGUAGAAUCUAUGGUUUUAAUACCUACAGGCAUUCUUUUAUAUUUGUAUAUUUGUACUCUGUAUAUGUUUCAUUACUUUACAAAACUACUUAUUUAUUAUUAAAAUAUAUAGUGCACUGGAAAUAAUAUAUAUAUUUUUUUAUAAAUGUUUAUUAAAAUAAAUGUGUAUUUUAAACGACUGUGCUCAGUGCAAGUUCCCAUUUCCCCCCAAAUAUUUACAUAUUCUUCAUGUUUUUCAGAACUCCUUGGGAUUACUAAUACCCUGCAGUGCAAUGACAUUAAGGCACCUAUUAUUGUUGAUAGUGACCCUGAGUUGUGUGUCACAGGCUAUAGUAGAAGCCGGUUCAUGGUGGUAAGUAUGACCUUCACUUUCAAUUGUUUUAAUGUAACCGAAUACUAGAAUGUGUUCUUUAAUUACACUAUUCCACUGUUUGAUAGGAUGCAGAGCCUUAUUUAAGGCAUCCCAUAAUAAUCUAGUAUUAUUAAUCGUGCGGUUGUUUUUUGAUGUCUUAUAUUUUAUAAAGUAUAUAGAGACCUGAUUCGCACACACUCAGUCAAAGGAUAACGGAUUAAGAUUUUUUUUUUUUCGAUGCAGCUCAUGAUUUACAGUGAUUCUUAAAUUAUUCAGAAUGUUUCCAAUAUUCUAUAUAGGCGAGGCUGUGCAAUGCCCUGCAGUCUCUACAGAGAGAAUAUCGAUAUAUUAGAUUAUUUAAAUUUUCCUAUAUUUUCAUACCUAUCCUUAACCUUAUGAUGUUUAUUUUCUAAAUCAUUAACUGCUUUGAAACCAAACUCGAAUUUGGCGAAUUUAUGUCCAGAAUAACCAUUGUUUGAAAUUAUUUAUAUAUACAUAUUAUUUUUUUUUUUUUUUAAAUCUGAAUUUUGAAUUUACUAGAAGUCAUUGUUUAAUGAAUGAACUGUAUUAUUGAAUUUGUUUCUAUUUGACAAACAUCAGUGGUUCCAUCAAUUUUAGUUUUUAAUCUUACCUAUAAAAUGGGGGGGGGGAAGGGGGGAGGUGGGGAGGAUAGGGGGCCCCCUAGACACAGCCAUAUUUUAACCCUUUGGCUGCCAAUGAAAGAAAUCGUGUCUCACUAUUAAAAUAAAUAGACAAAUGAACAAAAAAAAACCAAAAAAAAAAAACCCAACAAAUAAAUAAAGCUAUAUACAUAGCUUUAUGCCCCAUGCAAUGACAAGAGUCUUAGACUGUUUGUUUGAUUUUACACGAGUGCAUCAAGGGUUAAUAGCACCCAUUUUCCUCUGUACAUGUUGACCCUAUUGUCUCUCUGUAUAGGUCACUGGCUAUGAAUCCGGUGCAGAUCCCCGAGGUGUAUAUAAUUGGGGCUCAGCCCCUAUGCAGCCAGUUAUCAGGACUGUCUCAGGGACAGAAGAAGCUCUGCCAGCUGUACCAGGACCACAUGCAAUACAUUGGGGAGGGGGCAAAGACUGGCAUCAAAGAGUGCCAGUACCAAUUCAGGCACAGGAGGUGGAACUGCAGCACAGUGGACAAUACCUCUGUAUUUGGUCGGGUCAUGCAGAUAGGUAGGUACCCAUUUAUCAAUCUGUGCUCUCUGUACUACACCCUUCCUGCAUGCAUGUUAAACCCCGAGGAAUACACUCCCGAAAGUAAAUUGUAAAUCCAUUUUCUUUUGCAACAUAUUUGUCAAAAUAGAAAAAUUGGACAUUUCUGAAACUCCUUUUUAAAAAAAAAAAAUAAAAAAAAAAAAUCGUUUUUCUAUUUUGGUCUUACUGUAGCAAAUUCAGUCUUCAAUAAACUAUUUCAACAAAUAGACCCAAAAAAGUUGCAGUUAGCAGCUCAAACUUCAUGCUACUUUUGUGCAUGUCUACAAGUCUUAAAUAUGUAUUAAUUAUUACACACAGCCAGCGUUUUUUAGAAAAAAAUGUUCCUUCAGUUUUAAGAUUGAAAUCUUGCUUUUGUGGGAUUUAUUUAUGUGUUUAUAUAUGUGAUUUAUUUGUUUUUGUUUUAAUGCAAUCUACUAAAAGAAAUGUUAUUUAUUUAUUUUUUUGGGAAAAAACAAUUGACUGUUUGUUUUUUUAAUUGGUAAAAAAAAAAGUAUAACUUUCCAGACAAAGUUUACUAAAAUCUUAGAUUGUAUAACUGUUUCUUUAUAUGUAGAAGCAAAUUAACAAAACGUACUUUUGUUUUGGGAAAUUGUACAAUUGAAUAUGCUGGUUAAACACAAGCAUUAUUUUGAAGUUGAUACAUAUCUGUUCUAAUUGUCAUUAAUAUAGAUUUGUUUUUUUACUACUUUCUGGAUAGUUAAAAAAAAAAAGGAAAAGGAAAAUAAAUCUGUCUUGUGUGUACUUAUUUUAUUUUGUGUAUCACUGUGUGUGUUAAAGGGAAAUGCCUUAACUGUUUGCAAACCAGACUAUUAUGUGCAACAUUUUGCCUCUACUUGGCCAACACCUCUCUAGCUUAAAGAGUUAACACAGAAGUAAUUUAUAAGGGCAAUUAGCCACUUAAACUAACUGCUUCUCCUUAAUACUUAUAUUCAGUGUGUGUCUCUGACUAGGAUUUUGAAAAGUCCUUUUCAUUGACUGCUAAGAACCUGAGACUUAUUCAGACCAUAUUUAAUUUUCAUAAACUGGGCAGCAAAACAGAUGUAUCAUUUUUUUUUUAAUUUUAUUUCUGGGAAAUUAACUGAGAUGUAAAUUUGCAAGGCUUUUAAGAUGAUAUACAUUACAGAAUUAAUGUGCUUUGGUAGGAAGGUUGGAGCAUUUUUGUGGGGUAAUUUCAGCCAUCAAUGUUCCCUCUUACAUACCUUCUAAAAAUCACAACUUUAAUUUGUACUUUACACAAGGUAUGCACAUCAAUAGCAAAGUGCAUGUUGUUAUAAAUAAACAUAGAACAACCGAAUAUAUAUAUAUAUAUAAAUAUAUAUAUAUACAUACACACACACACUCUUGCUAUAAAGAAGUUGAUUUGAAAAAUGCUAACACUCAAUACAUAUACAUUACAAUGAGUCAUUUGAAUGUUAGAAAGUAAGUUCCUUAUUGUGGCAAUCAAUAAUUAUUAUAGUAAAAGUGUGCAGAUUUUUUUUUCUUUUGCAAAAACCUUAUUGGUGGGAUUUAACAUCAUAUUUGGCAUGUUAUGAUAUGCAACAUUAGCUGGCCAAAAAGAUAGAUCUCAUUCCAUUGCAGAACUACAGCUUCAAUGAUGCCUUGCCUUCAUUACGGCUGUCAAGGCAUCAUGGGAGUUGUAGUUCUUUAAACAACUGGACGUCUACCCUUUUCCCUGAUACAUAUGUACCGAUUAGCUUAAGCCAUUGUUCAUUUAAUAGUAACUGUGCUGCAUAUAGGAAUUUAACCUCUUCAAUACCAGAGGCAUACCAGGACUGUCAGUGAAGGGAUUUGCCUAACUUUAGCACUGAGAGAGUUAAAAGCUGUUCAAGACUUUUUAGUUGGUUAACCUUUUGAAUAAAGGAGAUAUUACAUCCAUUUGCCUCUUUUAAAGGGCUAAGGAUUCCAAAGAAAAUCAUUCAGUCCUAUGAGAUAAUUAAGGAGGUUUGCCAUUUCUAAUAUUGUAUCACCUUGGCAAUAGAAGGGUUAAAGAACUAGACUUCUCAUCUAGUUUUUAGGAGACUUUUCCCUCUCUCAUUGUUUCCAUCACAGCAACAGUAUGUAUUGUUUAUUGUCCUCUAUUUGUGCCAUUAACUGUAAUAUCUCAGCUUCACCUAUGGCCUGUCUGUGGCUUAUAGAUCCCUAUACAUUACUCACAUUUCGCAGACUGCAUAGAAUAUUUUUCUUAUAAUUGAAUAUAAACAUCCUGUUGCAAUGUAUUUAAAUCCUACCUCCUAGUGGUUUUAAGGUACACUAUGAGAUAAAGAUACAUAAGAUUUUAGUACAAUGCAAGAAUAAGGAUUACAGCUUUGUGUAAGGAAACAAAAAGAUACUGAUCUGAUUUAAAAUACAGAAAAAGCUAAGAUUUGUUUUUUUCCUAUUGCAAAUUUAUUUUUGCAAAGUAAUUUAAGUGCAGUUAUUGUAACCCUCCAAGCAUAGAGCUUCUCCUGCUGAUCAUACGGUUUUCAUUUAGUGGGAAGGGAACUUUUCUGCUCAAGGGUUUCUGGGCUAGAGUUACAGAUAAAGCCUUCAUUGAAUCUUAAAAUACACUCCAUCCUGCAGUAUAAUUAGGUACCAACUUCACGUUUAAUCUGAAAAUGCAACUUUAUAUGUGAAGAGAUUGUUUAUAGCAUGUGCAAACUGUAAGCCAUUAUUUAAAACCUAAAUCCUGGCAAUUGAAGAAAAUAAAUGUGUUUUUUUUUUUUUUACAUUUUUUUUUAUACUUCUUUCUCUGCAAUCUUGCCACUGGAUUCUGAUUGCAUUUCAUAUCCACUGGAAUCUUGCAGAUUAAUUAUUGACAUCUCAUUACACUAAUAAUAUACAUAUCUGUCCCUUGGGGGCAAAUGUGAUGCCCAUGACAGUUGUGCUCAUUUAUUUCUUUCUCCUUACAGGAAGCAGAGAGACCGCUUUUACUUAUUCCAUCAGUGCUGCUGGAGUUGUGAAUGCAGUGAGCCGAGCCUGCCGAGAGGGGGAGCUCUCAACCUGUGGCUGCAGUCGAGCAGCCAGGCCAAAGGAUUUACCCCGUGAUUGGCUAUGGGGUGGCUGUGGGGAUAAUUUAGAUUAUGGCUUUAGAUUUGCAAAGGAAUUUGUGGAUGCUCGAGAAAGGGAGAAAAUUUAUCAGAAAGGAUCCUAUGAGAGUGCCAGGAUUUUGAUGAAUCUGCACAAUAAUGAAGCUGGGAGAAGGGUGAGUAACUAUGUCAAAAGGGGAUUUAAUUUUAUUUUACUUACUAUAAAUACAUCAUCCCGUAAGAAAAGACAAUUCAUUAUUUUAUUGCGUGCAUUGUGAAGAGUGGUUAGUUUAUCUUUAAUAUGCUAAGCUUUAUUUAAUUAGGAUUUUUUUCACUAUAGUGUGAAUUAUAUGGAAUUAAAAGUGUAUUUAAAUAUAAACAUCACAAAAGCCAAAUUAAAAAAAAAAAAUCUCUAAAUCAGCUAUGUUUAUAAUUUGGCUUCUCUGGCGUAAAAAAUGUGAAAUUCAGGCAUUUCAUACUUUGGUUAAUAACCCUCAUGGUUACUCAGUAAAUUCAGAUUUUUAGCAAAUGAAAUUCGAAUGGCAAAACUGAGGCUUAAAUAGUCAAACUGUGACGCAAAAAUAUAUAAUCUAGAAAAGAAAAUCUCAUACUCUGCUAAGAAUACGAUUUUCAUUUCCUACAAUAAAGAUUGAAGUGAAUCGCCAGUAAUCUAUACAUACACUCCCAAGACUACUUGUCUCGUGGAUGUUAUUCAAACUCUUUGUUCAUUCUGUCAAUCAUUUCAAAUAUUAAUCUAGAAUCGUAAUCCAGUACAUGUGCCAUUACCCAUUUGCCCAAUUAUUUUGUUGAAAGAGCUUGUUACCCAAUUUGUUAUCCACGCUAUCUAGCCUGGAUGAUAUGAUAUUCUAUGUUGUGUUAAUCGUAAUUAUUGGUAUUUUGUUGUCGAAUUGGGGUACAAAGACAUUUGUAGGUAUUGGAAGGUAGAGAUAAUUAAUUGAAGAUUAAAAUGGCACCUGAUUCAAAUCUAUAAGUCCACUAUAAAACUAAAUGUGUUAAUCUGACAAAUCUACUACAUUCCCAAACUGAGAUGUAAAACAUUUACUACAGCAUUGCUUUUGGUACUUAGAGAAAAAUAUUAAAUUAUUUCUAAUACAAGAAGCAGAAUUUCAGAGUUCGCUAUAUAUGGUGCCAAAAUAAUUUCCAGGGGUAUAUCUUCCACUGUGAAAUACAUUUCAUCUUUCAUGGCAAUGUACACAUGUGUAAUAUAUCAGUGUGUCAACCUCAACAAUUCCAGUGUGAAUAUGAUACCCCUGGAAAGGAAUUUUGACAUCUUCAGGCAACAAUAGAGUCUGAAGUACUGUUUCCUGUAUGAAAAUAGUCUGGUUUAAAUUUCCAAUAAUGCUAAGGAUCUCCCCUGUUUUAAAGUCUAUUUAAAUACAAGUACAGGUAGAUACAUUGGUAGUGGUCAAACGAGGUACAAUUCAAGUAGCCACUGAUAUUUUUUCACAAUGUUUCCUCUAUUUAGGAAGUAGUUUUGAAUUCUUAUGAAAUUCCCACAGGUGGCUCUGUAGCACAAGUGACUACAAGUUGACAAGUUUCUAUGUGGGAUGGAAGAGGUGUUAUCGAAGAUCUCCUAGCUUAGUAUAAUUUGUGCUACUCUUUCAGGACAAACUUGGCAACAUUUAUGGGUUUAUUCACUGAAGUCUAGAUUUAGCAAAACCAAGAAACAGGGGUGUGGAACUGCAGCCAAUCCCCAUUGUGAUGUGAAUCUGUGUGCAACCAGGCCGGUCCCAGUACCAAGAACCAAAUACUUGAUAGCACUCCACGAUUCAAAGAAUGCAAUUUAUUAAACCCAUCGCCAAUCACAACGUUUUGACCUGUACGGUCUUGACGGCUUGACAAAGACCAUAUAGGUCGAAACGUUGUGAUUGGCGGUGGGUUUAAUAAAUUGCCUUCUUUGAAUCCUGGAGUGCCUGGACCACUUUCUAUUUUUAGGUUUAGCAAAAGUCAGUUGUAUUGAAUUAAUCAAAUAAUUAGACUUUUUAUUAAAAUCAUAUGAAUUAGUUAAUGGUGUGUAAUAAACAAAAUACAUGUGCUACCUACAGGGGUAUAUUGGACAAUAACCAUUUCCCCCAUGGAGAUAAUUAUUAAAAUCGUGCUAAUGAUAGAUUUUUGUUAUGAUAAAAACUUUAACUGUCUGCCUGCAACUUCUGUCCAACCAGAUUGUGGUUGAACAUAAUUUCCAGAUAGAUUUCAUCCAAUUCAGUUUAAACAUCACUGAAUUUGAGAAUUCAGCUGUGGUUCCAUCAUUUGGUUCUGCAUGUAAAGAUUUAUCAAUGUCUUGAUUUUGCAGUCUGUAUGUCUUUGGUCCCAGAUUUAAUGUUGAUAAUCUGGAGCAAGAGACAUUUGGACUUGAAUGACUAAUUCCACAGCUUUAAAUCUCAGAUUGUUCUAAAGUUCUUUCUUCACAAAAACAAUACUUUACCCUUGGCUUGGCUUGGCUCUAGUGAAGGAUGGCACUGUUUAGGGAAUUGGGUGGAAGAAAGAUGAAUGUGUAUAGUGGCUUAAGUUGCAAAAAGGAACAUUUCCAUGCAUCACAUUACAAAUUGGGCUCUGCAGUAAAAAAACAAACACCCGAGGCCUUGAUGUGGGGGCUCCUGUUGUUGACCUUGUAUUUUAGCAUGAAGAAGCACAUGGAACAAUUAAAGGCUAUCAUUUAUUUACUGAGAUACUCUCUGGCUUGCCUUAAAAUGUCAAAUAUCAGUAUUCCGUGUACCUUUUAAAUCAACCAAAAGUCAGAUGCUGCAUGUAGGCUUCUAACUAGGUGAAUUCAGAGUUUUAUUUGUUCAUGCUAUAGGGGAGUUAUUAUCAUUCGGAAGGCAAAAGGAAGCAGUAAGAUGUGUGGACCAGAACUCCUUAUUUGUUACUUUUUGACUGCCAGAAUGAUACAAGAUGCAGUGUAAAGUCUGUGCAACACAAACACUUUCCAUAUAUUACUGACUAGCAAAGGAUAGCAGUGAGAGAUCUGAGCACCAGGACCUGAUAAUUAGACAAACCUAGUCGAGGGAGAAGACCGAUUGUGGGUAAUAUAAAAGCAGUAUAAGACUUUGGGCCCCUCUAAAAUAUAGGGCCCUGCUCACCCAUCCCUAAAGGUUGGACUCCUGUUGGAAAAGAGGAACUUGGAACUCACCCACUUUUGCUAAAUAUUAGGUAAAAUAUCAGAAUCUGUGUGACCCAGUCUUAACAAGAACUAGAGACCACGAGCUUCAGAACGUUGAAAGUUAUUUGAAGGCUACUUUUCAGAACUCCUUACCUCUAUGGUAUCUAUGGACAUUGCGUAAAUACACAUAACCUGCUUUGAAAAACACAAAAUCUGUGCAUGUAAGCCAUGUAGAAACGUAACAUUGUUUCUACCAAUCUUACAUUUCCUGGUGGCUUUUUCUAGCAUCUGAUACCAGCUGGAUCUGUAAUAGUGUGGACAGCCAUUUGACCAGAAUAACCCACUCCAAACAUUGUGCCACGUGGUUUUAUAGUGACAAAGGAAUAUUAGGUCAUUCUGCAGGGACAUAUGCAAUCAGUGUUUGAAGCACUGCCUUAAGUAGACUCUCCAAUCACCAGAUAUGAACCUCUUUGCCCCAUCUGUGGAACACUCUGGAAUGUAGAAUGUGAAGUAGGUUUCCACCUCCUUAAUCCCUUAAAGAAAUGAUAACAUCUCUUAAUAAUGUGAAAUAAUACAUACCGUUCAGGGCUUUUAUAACAACAUUCACAGAACAUUUUCUAAAGAUAGCAGAAAAAGGAGGGGUCUGCACUCUCAUCACCUGUAGACAUCGGUGCACCAUACCUAGGGCUGGCAAACCAGUAAUCCAUAUAGUAACAGCAAAGUAGCCUAGGCACUCAAGGUCUUAAUACAUCAGCAGAUUUAUUGGAAAAUCAUGAUAGACACAGAGACAGCUGUAUCUGUCAUGAUUCUCCAAUAAAUCUGAUGAUGUACAUUGAGGGGACCCAUCAGUAGGCCCAGGCACUUAUGAUCACCGGAUGGACAUUGAUGAACAUGGGCCCAGUCUGGCACCGCGGGACUUUAACAGCAUGACCUGUAGUGUUGCUGGGGGGAAGUGAAAGCCUGUCACUUCCUCCGAGAUACAGAGGAAGCUGCGAAGGUGGAGGACUUGGAGAGGAGGAGGCUGCAGCACAAGCAGGAUGGUAGGAAAAAGCAGUGAGGGGUGUGUAUUCCAGGCCCAGACCCCCAUUAGCCUCAGACACCAGCAGGUCCCAAAAAAGUCACCCUCCUGCUUUAAAAAAGGUAUCGUAUCAGGAGGUUGGCUAAAAUAUAAAAUUAAUUGUAAAAUUAUACAUAUUGUAUACAUGUACGUGUGUGUAUCUAUGUGUUUAUCAUUGUUACUGUGUAUGUAUGUCAAUGUGUCUGUGUAUCUGUGUAUGUGACAGUGUAUAUGUGCAUACAUCCCAGGAAUCAAACAUACCCAUACAAAGAUUACAUACAAUACCCCUGCAUUGAAUCACCAACAUUCCAUACAAACACACCCCUUCAUUCAUACAACAAUACUUCAUACAUAUGUACACCCACAUUUAACAGCCAAAGCUACAUUAAAACACAGCCCUGCAAUUAAGUGCAAACAUUGCAUGCAAAAACACCCUUGCAUUAAAAUGCUAAAAUUAUAUACAAACACCCCUUCAUUAAAACAUCAACACUACAAAGAAAAGUGCACCUGCAUUUGAAAGUCAACACUAUAUACAAACACACCCUAACAUUCAAACACAAUCAUUACAUAGAAGUACACCACUGCAUUCCAAUUACAAUAGUAUAUACAAAUACAUCACUAAUUCACACACAGAUACUCGCAUACAAAAACAUGCUUACAUUCAAAUGCAGAAACACUGCUCACAAAUACAACUCGGCAAGGAUGGGCAAAUGGUAGAUUCCCCAGCUGGCAAAGCAUUGUGGGAGUUGUACAAAACAUGGCGAUCUACCUUUUUGUCCCAAUAAAAUUUCUUGCACCAGGACGUGGUCUACGUUUGUUCCGCCUCUAAGUUCCCCAAUACUAGAUACUAGAAAGUGGCUACAAUUCUUGGCAAAUGCAUUUUAAUGUUACAUAAUUUUCUAGUUGAGGAAACACUAGCCAAGACAAUGAUGCACACAAACUAUCUCUCUUUCUCUCUCGAACCUCCGAGUUAAUCUCAUUAACAUUAGUGAUGAACUCAAUUUUACCGAAUACAAAUAUGUAUUCCUAACACUAAACUGUUCCUCUGUCACUAUCACCCCACUAGCAAAUAAAGGGUUAAAACCCUCACCUUAUUCCAGUGCCAAAGUCCUUUGGCACUGGCUCCAUCUCCACCUCCUCAGACAUCAGCGCUGAGAGGGAAAUCUAAUGCAAAUGUGCGGCAAGCGCCAUGCGUGCUUUAGGCCCUCCCCAUAGGAAAGCAUUGAUUCUAAUUCAAGUGGGGGGUUUGAAGAUGCUGAACCUCAUGCAAAGUGUGAGGAUGUCCUUCGUCGUUUUACGGAAUCAAACUCUGUGAAACAGCAGGAAGUGCUGAUAAGAUUGGCAACUGAUAAAAUCCAUAGAACAUAUCUGUCAAAUAUGAGCAUUCUGUUCACUUUUAUGCUUCUUUAAUACAGUGGAUUUCUAUAAAAUAAUGACAAUUUUAAUUAAAAAAAUUUGAAGAGGGGCUUUUAAUAUUUUAAUGGGUAAUACAUUUUCACUUCCAAACCAGUUUUUCAUUUAUUUUGAGUGAUAGAAUUGUGUUUUGACACCCAAGUAGUUUUGUGCAUAGAUCACACCUCUGAUGUUUCACUGCUUAGUUCUCUGCAAUUUAUGAGUGAAAUCACUUUUGUUUUUGUUUAUGCAGCCCUAGCUACACCUCCCCUGACUGUGAUGGACACAGCCUGCAUGAAAACCAGAAUGGUUUUAUUUUCAAUCAGAUGUAACUUAAUUUAAUAUUUUUUCUCUACUGCUCUGUAAAUUGAACUUUAAUUACAUAUAGGAGGCUCCUGCGGGGUCUAUCAAGCUUUUAACAUAGCAGGCAAUAAGAAAUUCUAAAUAUAAAAGAAUUUGCAAUGAAGUGUAAACAUUAGAUCCCUUGUUACAGGAAGUGUUUAUGAAGGCUGUGCAAGGACUGCAUAAAGAAAUUAAACUCCAAAACGGCAGAUAAUUGAGCAGUGAGACUGCGGGGGCAUGAUCUAUACACAAAAACUGCUUAAUUGAGCUUAUGUUCUUUUGGUGAUUAUAAUGUCACUUUAAUAUAUGUUUUCAGAUCAUGUAAAAUCUUCUCCCUCUCUCUUUCUUUCUGUUGCUGUAUGUGUCUAUGUGUGUGUGUGUAUCUAUAUAUAUAUAUAUAUAUAUACAUAUACAUAUACACACAGUUGCAAGAAAAAGUAUGUGAACCCUUUGGAAUGAUAUGGAUUUCUGCACAAAUUGGUCAUAAAAUGUGAUCUGAUCAUCAUCGAAGUUACAACAAUAGACAAUCACAGUCUGCUUAAACUAAUAACACACAAAGAAUGAAAUGUUGCCAUGUUUUAAUUGAACACACCAUGUAAACAUUCACAGUGCAGGUGGAAAAAGUAUACGAACCCUUGGAUUUAAUAACUGGUUGAACCUCCUUUGGCAGCAAUAACUUCAACCAAACGUUUCCUGUAGUUGCAGAUCAGACGUGCACAACGGUCAGGAGUAAUUCUUGACCAUUCCUCUUUACAGAAUUGUUUCAGUAAAGCAAUAUUCUUGGGGUGUCUGGUGUGAAUCGCUUUCUUUAGGUCAUGCAGCAGCAUCUCAAUCGGGUUGAGGUCAGGACUCUGACUGGGCCACUUCAGAAGGCAUAUUUUCUUCUGUCUAAGCCAUUCUGUUGAUUUACUUCUAUGCUUUGGGUCAUUGUCCUGUUGCAACACCCAUCUUCUGUUGAGCUUCAGCUGGUAGACAGAUGGCCUUAAGUUCUCCUGCAAAAUGUCUUGGGGGGCAUCAUGGUUUGGGGCUGCAUUGCUGCGUCCAGGCCCUGACGCAGCAAUGCAGCCCCAAACCAUGAUGCCCCCACCACCAUACAGUUGGGAUGAGGUUUUGAUGUUGGUGUGCUGUGCCUUUUUUUUGCCACACAUAGUGUUGUGUGUUUCUUCCAAACAACUCAACUUUGGUUUCAUCUGUCCCCAGAAUAUUUUGCCAGUACUGCUGUGGAACAUCCAGGUGCUCUUGUGCAAACUGUAAACGUGCAGCAAUGUUUUGUUUGGACAGCAGUGGCUUCCUCUGUGGUAUCCUCCCAUGAAAUCCAUUCUUGUUUAGUGUUUUACGUAUUGUAGAUUCGCUAACAGGGAUGUUAGCAUUUGCCAGUGACUUUUGUAAGUCUUUAGCUGACACUGUAGGAUUCUUCUUCACCAGCUUUCUCUCCUCUGCUGGUCUGCACACAUAGCCUGGUUCACUAAACCGCAAACUUGGCUAUACAUCAACUAAUAUCACUUAUGAUGAGGCAAACUCCUCUGUAAACUGACUGCAGCCAUACCACACUAUUUGACCUUUAAAUUAUCAUUAAAUUAUACAACUCAGCCAUAGUCAAUAUUUAUCUAUUUUAGCUUCAAAAUUAUCAGUUGUAACUUGCUAAAAUUCCAGACCUCCCAAUUAUCUUGAAUAUGAUGGGACUGUCCUGAAUUUGAGGUUCUGUUUGUCUUGCCAUCCUAAAUUUGUUUUCUCGUGUCAAAGAGGGACAAAAGUACAAAUAGUACAGUAUGAGUGCAUCAUUAGAUUAAUCAAAUAUUUAAAAAAUAAAUAAAAACCUGGCAUGUGACAAGAAUCCAUACAUUCUUACUUUUACAAAAAAAUAAUAUCUUGUUCAAUUUUGUCAAAACACACACAUUCUGUCAUGGAUAUCAACAGAUAAAAUAAGAGAGGAACUUGCCCCUGUACCAGCUGUAACUUUUACUCCAUCUGUUCUACUGACCACUCAACAGAGGUGCCUGCUUACAUGAAUCGGUUUCCACCGAUGUAGAAUGCAUUCAGAGUUGGCUAAACAGUGCUUGACAAACCCCCUGGAGGAAAGCUCAUCUAGAAUCUCAAGUCUGUCAAAUUGACUUAGUUGUAUGGCCAGGAGGUGCAGAGUUUUCAACUUAGCCCUGGACUUAUCCUUUUUGGAUUAUAUUACUAUUCUCCGCAAAAAAUCUGUAGUUGCUCAUAUCCGAUUAAUGCCUCAAUUUAAUAUUGUUAGAUAAGCUUUCCAAAUGAUUAAAUAUUUAAACUUUUAAAAUCAAUGAAUAUAAUGAUUGUUUUUAAAUGUUGUAAUAUUUUGAUAUUUUUUGAUAUAUUGAUAUAUUUUUUAUAUAUUGUAAAUAUGUUUUGAUAUUUUAAUAUGUUGAGAAACAACUUUGAAAGUUUUUAUCCAAAAAUAUUAAAUUAUUUUUCUUUUCAUAAUUCACAUAGAAUAACCUAUUGCAUUAAUCUCUUUCUUAACAGGCUGUAAGCACCUUGGCUGAUGUUGCCUGUAAAUGCCACGGUGUUUCUGGAUCUUGCAGCCUAAAGACCUGCUGGCUUCAGUUGGCCGACUUUCGCAAAGUGGGAGACCUGUUAAAGGAAAAAUAUGACAGCGCCGCAGCCAUGAAGCUAAACAGCCGAGGAAAACUGGUACAAGUGAACAACAAAUUCAACUCUCCAACCACAAACGAUUUGGUUUACGUUGACCCGAGUCCUGACUAUUGUGUUCGCAAUGAAAGUACCGGAUCGUUGGGGACCCAGGGUAGGCUGUGCAAUAAAACCUCAGAGGGCAUGGAUGGAUGUGAGCUCAUGUGUUGCGGAAGAGGAUAUGAUCAGUUUAAAACCAUUCAGACUGAGAGGUGUCACUGCAAAUUUCACUGGUGCUGUUAUGUGAAAUGUAAGAAAUGCACAGAGAUUGUCGAUCAGUUUGUUUGUAAGUAAGACUCAAUGCAAAGACCUAUAUGGUACAUCUGACUAUAUUUAAAGAGAUCAUUUAGGAGUUGCAAACACAAGGCAACUGGAUCCAUUUCUCCUUUUAUCACACAACUGCUCGGUAAAACCUUAAACCAACAAACAACAAGAGGAAAAAAACAGAAAACAGAAUGGAAAAUAUUUAUUGAAAGAAUUAAAGAAUUUAGAGGUUUAUAAUUAGGGAAACUGUGACAAAGGUGCACGGAUUAAGAACAUGUACAGUAAGGUAAAGAUGUGUUUUUAUAUGGAGAUAUGGGUAAUCUGGGAGAAUAUUUGGACAGAUAAGCAAUCCCUUCAUCAGACUGAGUGAUAAAAUAUUGUGGUUUGUUUCAAAAAACGAGGACUCUUCUUACCAUUUAUAUUGUGAUCGCUUUCUGUUAAGAUCUGACCGUUAAAUUAUCUAACCAUAAAUCUACUACUCAUUCUGUAUUAAUGGUUACUGGGAUGGCUGUGUACGUUGCAUAAAAGUCUUUAUAGGUUCUGUUUAAAAUGUCAAUAUUUAUAUCAAUAAGUGAUCAGAAAUUGCAAGAUUUUACUCCCCUCCCCCAUAUUUCCAAGUUGCUUAAUACAAAAGCAAAAAAAGUUGAGGAUGAACUUUUUUUUUUCCAUCCACCAUUUUUUUUUUUUUUUACAAACCAUUUGAUGGGUAAUUUAGUCACUUAUAUGGCAAAUUAUUAUUGCCACUUUUUAUUAAGAUUUUUUUUUUAAAUAUAUUUUUUUAAUUUAUUUUUAAGAUAGUUUUCUGCCAAAGAUGUGUCUCUGUCAUCCCAGAUAAACAUCUAUUCAUCACACAAUCAUGAGGUAUUUUUGAAGGGAUAAUAUUCAUAUAAUGUUUUAUUUUUAUUUUAGAGUUAAAAUGUCAGAGAUACACAUUUUUUCACGAUCUAAAACCAUUUUAUCAUUGGGAAACAUUACUACGCAGUACUAUUUUUAUUUUUUAUUUUUUGUCGUCAUACUUGUGCUUAUUAUCACUAUAAACUAAGCAUCAAUUACAAUAUGGUUUCAUUUAUGGGAAUUUUGUGGUCUGCUGUCUUCUAUUUCAAAGCUUUGUGACUAUAUGUGUACAUAUAUAUAUAUGUGUAUAUAUAUAUAUAUAUAACCUUAAAUACUGCCAGUAAUUAAAUGUAUAUAUUUAUUUACACAUUUAUUUAGGGGAGUUUUUUUCUUAUUUCAUUUAAACAUUUUUGGAUUUUUAUUUUUCAAAAUCCUUUUUUGACACUUUUAUGAAUGCAUCUUUCUAGAAUGUCUUACUGAGCUGGUGUUAGGUUUUAAAUAGGGUGUUCAGAAUACUGUUUUUAAAGCACAUAUAUGUAACUAUAUAAAGGGUUCGGGGGCAUAGGGUACAUCACAAGUAGGUACUAGGGUGAUUUAUUUUCACCAAUAUUCAAUGCACUUGAAACAAAUUUGCUUAUCUUUUUCUUUAAAGAAGGGCAUUAUGAUUACUUGGAAUUGGGGGAGAACAUCCCUAAAAUAUUUGUUGUAAAAAUUUAUAUUAAAAAAAUGGGUGCCUAUUUUGGAAUAUAUGUGCUCCCUCAUAUAGGGUUUACUCUAGUUGAGAUCUGAACAUGUUUACCUCUGACAUCGCAACUUUUUUUUUUUUUUUUUGGACUGACAUUUAUGCUCAAAGAACAUUAAACAUCAUAAAUGUGUUUUUCCCUUUUGUCUACUUAGUGCAUUUUAUAGCUUUUAAUUUAUUAUAUUUACAUAAUGAAAGCAGGGAAUUACAGUUCUGUUAAGUUACAUUAGGAAAGCACUACUUAAAUUUAAAUACUUUUUUUUUUUUUUUUUUACAAGUUUUCAAUAUAUAUAUAUAAAUAAAUAUAUAUAUUUUUUGUUUUAAGACAAGAUUUUUUUUUUCCCCUUCCUUGGAGAAUUAUGAGAUUUUAAGAAAGAGAACUAACUUUACAGACCCAGAUUAUUCAUUUGAUUUAUUUAAUGUAAAAUAUUUUUAACUUCAAGAAAUGUAAAUUUAUGUUUUAUGCAUCCUGUACAUGGAAUGUACAUAUUUUUUUGCUGCCCUAUAUGAUUUGUAUAUUUCACUGGCUUAAAAAUUGCAGAGAAGAAAUAGAUGGCUAAUGCCAGGCUGAAAGAAAUCGAAUAUAAAAUAAAAAAAAAAGGUUUGUUUUGUUAUUAUCAAGUGGUUUGAUUUGACCAACAACGGGUAAUCAUACAGCAAAUGCAAAAUGCUGACUUUAUUUUAUAAAUUAUUUUGUUUAAAAAAGAAAAGAGCAAAAUACCAAAAAUUUAUAUACAUUUUUAUGAAUGUUUUUUUAUUUUUUUUUAUUUUUUUAAUUGUAUUGUUAUACACUACAGUAGGGAUAGGCAACCUUCGGCACUCCAGAUGUUGUGGACUACAUCCCUCAUAAUGCUCUUACACCCAGAAUGCUGGCAAAGCAUCAUGGGAGGUGUAGUCCAAAACAUCUGGAGUGCCAAAGGUUGCCUAUGCCUGCACUACAGUAUUUAAAGAAGAUCUUGAAGCAAAUUUGAAAGUCACUCUCACUAUUUCUUUGCAAAAUGCCUUUUUCUUAGAGAUCAGGAUUAAAUGUUAUUUCAGAUGUAUUCAAUAAAAAAAGUUUUAUAAGGCGUUUUGUGUAUGUUGGAUGUAGUCGGUGAUAACCUUUUAGUAGACCAGCAUUAGUUCUUUAAUGUCACUUUGUAACUUUUUUUGUGAUGGCAGAUGUAAAAUGUUUAGUGAUAACAUUACUGAUGCAAUAUGCUUUCUCCAUUGUUGACAUCUAACCUAAUAAUCUUUAUGUUCGAAGAUGUAGUGUAGAAGUGCAAAUUUUAAUACGUCGAUUACAAGAUUUUUUGUUUGUUUGUUUGUUUUUUUGCUGCUUUUUUGCAGUCCAAGUUUAC